AUUUCACCCAAACCGCUGGGGGCGCUAUUUCGCCUUUAUCGCCUUCUUCUAUUCAGCUCUUUGGUGGAAUAAAAAAGAAGAUGGCGGCGAGGAUAGCCUGAAGUUUAUGUAUGCUAGUUAAUGAUGGAGGGUGAGGUGAGCCUGGUGGCAGGCCGCAGUCAGAGAGAGAAGAGGAGAUCUUACAAGGACCUCCUGCGAGAAGAGGAGAUCAUCGAUGCUGAGGUUCGCAAGUCCUCGAAGAAGCGUCCCAAGGAGUCUGAUGGGUUUGCAGUGAGCGGCGAGUUUCACAAGAAGAAAAAGAAGCAUCAUGACGAUUAUCAUUACAAAGAUCACCACAAGAAGAAAAAAAGGCCAUCCGACAGCUCCAUGUCCGCCGCAGCGCCCUCCAGUUCCCCUCACGAUGGCAUGACCGCCAUGGGUCUGCUUCAGGCCAUCACCUCUCCUACAGCUGUGGGCUCAGAACCUUGCCCUAUGCUUCCCAAGAAACCGUCAUACCCCUCACUCCCAUCAAAUAAAGAUCGCAGGAGAGAAAGCGUACCAAUGCCCAAAACAGCUAAGAAGAAACCGCAUGUAACGAGAGAGGCGUUGCCAAUGGUCGGGGAGGAAGUGGAGCUGGAAGGACAUUACGGGGGAUCUUACGAUCUGCUCAAUGACGACAACUCCUUGUCAGCGGAAGACGAAGAAGGAGGUCAGCUGGUCAUCGAUGAUUCCUUCAACCAGUACAGAAAGAAGAGCAAAAAGAGCAAGAAGAGCAAGAAGAAGAAAGACAAGGAGAAAGAGCGUCGUCACGUCGUCAAAUCCAAUGGCAGCUCAGACGGGGGUUCGUACGCCGUAGGACGGUCAGGAUCACACACGGACAAAAAGAGAAAGAAAGAACAGAAGGCCAGAUUAAAGGCUCAGAAGGCAAAGAAGAAGGUCCUCACAGCGUAUCAGAUCUUCUCUAAAGAGUACAGGUUGAGCAUCUUGGAGGAGCAGCCAGGUCUCGAUUUUGGAGAUUUAAGCAAGAAGUUGGCAGAUGCAUGGAAGCAGCUACCUGAGGGAGACAAACAGGUCUGGAGGGAGAGGGCGGAGUAUCUGCAGCACAAGCAGAUGAAGUACGAGUCCACUACAAGCAAACACAGUAAACACAGCCAGCCCAAACCUGCCAAAGACACCAGCAAAACUAAAGGUGUUGCUCAGUUCCCGGGAGUGGUUUCUCCGACCUCAACAGCAACACAGAUAGUAGCAGCGGUGCCGAAGAGGCCAGAGCCCGCUGUGACACUGCCUCAGAACGGACCGUCUCUGGGUCCAGCAACUGAACCCUCGCCUUCCCCACUCAGAGAUUCCGAGGUGGACCCAAUCGAUGCUGCUGCCCACUUGCAGUUGCUGGGCGAAUCCCUGUCCCUGAUUGGCCGCAGGCUUCAGGAGACUGAGGGGAUGGUGACGGUAUCAGGCUCUCUUUCUGUACUGUUGGACUCUGUGCUGUGUGCGCUUGGCCCUCUGGCAUGUCUCACUGCUCAGGUGCCAGAACUUAACGGCUGCCCUCCUCACGUACUGUCAAACACUCUGGAUAACAUAGCCUACGUCAUGCCUGGACUCUGAACGCUACCGGAUCGUCUCCCAAGUACAGACUUUCUCUUCUCUCUCUGGAAGAUGAGGCCUAGCUGGUAGCUCCUCACCCUUGGACCUUUUGUCAACCUCCUGGUUCUCAUCACGAGAAGGACUUGAAUUGCAUAUUUUUGCACUGGACAGACCACAGACUACACGUCUCCUUUUAACCUGCUUCUUAAUCCCUCGUUCCAUUUUUAUCCUGUCUGCUCUCCAUUUUGUAUUUUUGUCGCCGUGUUUGUCAUUCUUUCAAUUAAAAGCAUUUUAGUGAGACCUUUUAA